AUGGUUCACACAGCGCUUGCCACGAUUGACGGUGCCUUCGAAGCUGUGAAGUACACAGCGCCAGAUCACUACAACGCCGAAUUCAGGCAAACAAAUAAGUGGCGCGGCCUUCCCGGGACACACUCCAACGAAAUUGACAUUGCAUGGCAUGAGAUCGAGCUUGGAGCAGGGGGCAUCCGGGUCACGGAAGAAGAAGUCAAAAACCUGAACAUGACCGAUUCGCCAGAGAUGCCGUUCCACAAAAUCCCCGAGGAUCAAGGUGGCGGAUAUUUGGCCAUGCUAGAGGUUUUUCAUUUGCUCCAUUGUCUGAACUCAUUGAGAAUGGGGCUAUUCUUCAACUACGACCACUACAAGUUUCUGGACGAGGGUGUCCCUGACGAAAACAUACAUUCCCACUUUGAUCACUGUAUCGACAUGCUGCGGAUGAAUCUGCAAUGUCAAGCCGACGUGACGCCGGCUCUCUUCGUCGACCCGCUCAACAACCCUUUGAGGCGAGAUGCUCUCCCAAACUGGUCCUCCAUGCACACUUGCAGAGAUUUUGAUGCUAUUUUGGAUUGGAACAAGCACGGCCCGAGAUCUGUGCGAUGGCGGGAUGCCGGGGCCAACCCAUCGUGGGAUCCCGCUCUCAAGGGAGCAGAACAGCCUUUCCCACCAGAGGGAGUUGACGAAGGCCAUCACCACUGA